AUGGCUUCCCAAAUGAAGGACACCACCUUCCUUGCUGCUGAAAAAUCCCCCGAGAAGGGUGAGGCCUCUUCUACCAUGCUUGAAAUCACCCAUGCCACUCCACUUUCCUUAAUUCACCCAGCUCCGACCAUAUCGAAUGAGCCAACUACUGAGUUGAACCCUCCCUUUGUUGCACAAACCCCUCUGAGUGCUGAAUCAAACCAACCAUCCCAAGAAGAAUCCUUGAAUCCAAAGAGGAAGAGGGCACCAAAAGGGGCUGCCAUUGUGAUUUUUGAUGAUGAACCAGCUCGGCGGUCGGAGCUGGGGAAGCGGGGCGCAGGCGGAGGCUGGGAGCAGAUCUGCCGGGGGCGCUGUAGUGGCAGCAGCCGGAGGUGGGGAGCCAGGGCUGGCGGGGGUUGGGGAAGCCAGAGGCCGGCAGGGGGCCGGGUUGGUGGGAAAGAAGACGUCGGCGGCCGGGGAGCCGGAGGCCGGCGGGGGCCAGGGAAAAAUGGCCGGCGACAGGGGGCUGUGGAGCUGUACGGGCCUGCAAACAUGGCAAGGGCCCCAUGGUACCCUGCAUACCGUGGGUUUGUGGGUACCGCAGGGUACUGGACUGACAGGCCUGUUGGACCUGUCAGUCUGGCCUCUGCGGCCCCUCUGGCCCCCACUGGCCUCCUUGUGUUCCCGUGGCUCCUUGCUGGCCCCCGGCUCUCUGGCCCCCGCCAACGCUUCCCCGGCCCCGGCCCCCACAGCGCCUCCCCUGCCGCCCGCCGCAGCGCCUCGCCGCCGUCGCCGGCUGCCCCAGCGGCCUCUGGUCCGCUCUCGCUUGCCGCCCCAGUGGCCCCCACUGGUCUGGCCUCCGCCUGUGCCCCAGAUCCCCAUGUAGCUCCGCCCCGCUCGCCGGCUGCCGCUCGCAGCUCCGCCUCGCUCACUGGCCGCCGCUUGCAGCACAGCCCCGCUCGCCGACCGCCGCCUGCAGCACUGCCCCGCCACGGCCCGCCGCCUCAGCGGCCCUCGCCUGGCCUAGCCUCCUCUGCUACCCUGGCUCCGCCACCCAGCCACCACCGGAGCUCUGCCCGACCGCCACCGGUGCGCCACCCACUGGCCACUGGACCACCAAAGAGCCACUAG